CAAAGUCUCGGUGAUAUCGUGACACCAGAUCCAUACAUACUACUCGUUGCAUUUGUCUCCGCUUGGUUUGCUGUGUACACUGCUGAUUACUCUAGAAAAUUAUACAAAAUGCCAUCGUCCUUUGCGAUGGUAGAGCGCCGUCAGAUAUAUAGAGAUUUUAGUCACAUUGGCAUUGUUUCCGUGGACUAACUGCCAGUGUGCUGCUGCACAGUAAUUAUUGGGUACCAUCAUCAAGCUGGGAAUCUGCGAACUCUGAUCUCCAUCAUCAUGAUUCUGCGUGGGGGUAUUGUGCUCGUUGCACUCCUGAUUUGUACACCAGUCCCUCAAAUUUCUGGUAACAUUCUGGGCAAUCUGAUCCCUCUGAGUUUGGAUACAUAUCAGGUGUUCGAAUCACUGGGCCGUCUAAAGACCAACUACGGCUUUGCCAAGUGGAACAUCAAUCAGCAGCUAACAUGUACAUCCUGUAAGUUUGGCUUCUCCACACUGCAGACUCUGCUGAAACUCCAUCUGCCUCCGGAUCGCAUUGCUGCGGUGAUUGAGGAUCUGUGUGUGCAGUUGAAGAUUGAGCCGCGCAUCGUGUGUCGCGGUCUGCUGGAGGAAUUCCGUCCCGAGACGUUCUACGUGCUGACGAAAGUACCGUAUUCACCAGCGGAGAUCUGUAAUUUUGUGACGAAUGUGGACUGUGCACCUGAUCCACCGGGCACGGCGUGGAGUGUACCGCUGCCCGAUAUUCCCAAACCGCCCGUCCAAGUUAUUUCGCCACCCAGUCCAGGCGCGAAAACACUGCGUGUGCUGCAGCUGAGUGAUCUGCAUUUUGAUAUGUACUAUCAGGAAGGAACCAACGCGGAGUGCGAAGAUCCGCUGUGCUGCAGGAAGGAAGGCGGGAAACCAGUCGGUCCUCCUGCUGGACGAUGGGGAGACCCUCGCAACUGUGAUUCCCCAAUUCGGUUGAUCGAAAACAUGUUGACCUGGAUUUCCAAAAAUGAGAAGAUUGACUACAUUUUAUGGACGGGAGAUCUGCCAGCCCACGAUAUCUGGAACCAGACAAAGCAAAUGCAGUUGAUUAUUUUGAAAUUGACGACGAAAUAUCUCCGGAGUUUUUUCCCCAAUACACCGGUUUUCCCAGCAUUAGGCAACCAUGAGAGUUCUCCCGUCGACAGCUUUCCACCCAGAUUCAUUAAUGAUUCUAACUCGAUAAAGUGGUUGUAUGAUGCACUGGCUACAACCUGGAAUCAGUGGCUGCCUCCCGAUGCAAUUAGUACGGUUUCUGGAGGAGGCUAUUAUCGCGUGAAGCCCUUCCCUGGAUUGCGCAUUAUUUCAUUAAACACCAACGCCUGCAACACUAUGAACUGGUGGCUGCUCCUCAAUAUGACCGAUCCCGAUAACGAGUUGCAGUGGCUGAUUAAUGAGUUGCAAGAAGCGGAAAAUGCUGGCGACAAAGUGCACCUCAUCGGCCACAUACCCCCCGGAAGUGGUGACUGUAUGAAGAUGUGGAGCUACAAUUUUUAUCGUAUAAUCGAGAGAUACGAAAGCACGAUUGCUGCACAGUUUUACGGUCAUGAACAUUCGGAUUCCAUGCAUAUCUAUUACGAUCCGGCUGACGAAUCACAUGUUACUGGUUUGGGUUAUCUGGGCCCGAGUGUUACUCCGUAUGUUGGCUUUAACCCCAGUUAUCGAAUCUACACUAUCGAUGGAAAUUAUGCCAACAGUUCAUGGAUCGUGCUGGACCAUGAGACAUACAUUGUUAAUUUAACGGAAGCCAACUUGCCGAAUGGAACUCCUAAAUGGGUAAAGGAGUACUCUGCUAAGGAAGCAUAUGGCCUGAAUCAGCUUUUGCCUGGCGACUGGAAUGAUCUCAUGGAUGAGUUUCUUGUCGAUGAUGCAAAAUUCCAAAAAUUUUGGCAGUAUUAUUGGAAAUCCCAAGACACGUCGGUAGCUAAAGGCUGCAAUGAUGCUUGCCGGAAGUACUUGUUGUGUCGCAUUCGAACGCGUAACAAAAACUGCAUCAAAGUGAAAGAAGGAAGGAUUGGAUACAAGGACUAGGACCAGAAUUCUGCUUGUCUGAUUUGCUCAGUAGGAUUUGUUGUUCCUACGUAAUUAUGGUGAUUUCCCGUGAAAUACUCCCUGUGUAGUAAAGGACUCUUAUACGUUCCAGCGCUCAGGAUUGUUUUGUCUUUAUAUUUUGCAUUGUUAACCGAUAUAGUCAUUAGUUUUGUGUUAAGUAGAGAUUAGCGCAAAUGAUGGGAGUCUAGGUUAUUGCCGCUUCCUGAUAGUUCUAUGUGAUCUGUUCCCGGGCUUCCGCUUUUAUUUAUGGAUUAUUUUUUACCACUGUUUUUUUACGUGAGUCAAAUUGGAAUGCAACUUUUGCCAACGUUCUCAGAAUCAAAGUCUGCACAAUCA